CAUUUAUUGUGCAUGUGUGUUUGUGCCUGUAAACAGUGAGUAAAUAUAUAACCCACUGCUCUAAGUAAACUUAGUGACAGGAGUGUUUUGUGGCGUUUUUGUAUGUAAACACACUUGUCUUACUACUAGACUUUUGUGAACUUAUUCUUAACGAUGCUCCAAUCAUUUACGCAAUCUUUUUGUCACAUAUUUAUCUUUUUUGCACUUAAUUAUUGUCACUCUUAGAGUUAGAGCUGGGCUCGAUGAUAGUCAUAUUGUAUCCUAGUUCAAAAUGUCAUUCCAAUAACAAAUAUGAUAUCCACCAGUACUUUUCCGUUUUUGUGUGUCUAGCUACCUAGUAGCAGGAUGCCUUUGAAACCAUGAAAACCAGCCAUGUGACACCUCAUGUUGAUAGCAUAUGGUGCCCUGCAUUUUGCCUCUAAUGCUUAUCGCUAGUGGUAUUUUCCAUGUCUGAAUUCAAAUUGAAGAUAUUGAAUUUUAUUAUGAUUCUGGGUUUGUUUCAUACUUUGAUUUACUCUGGUUCUUUCUUGGGCUGGAAUGCCAAGUUUAACCCUGUUUAGCCAUUUUUGGUUUGCUUGCAUUGGUCCGUUAUUUUAUAUUUAUUUAUGCAUUUGGCAGACGCUUUUAUGCAAAGCGACUUACAGAGCCCUUAUUACAGGGACAAUCCCCCCUGAGCAACUUGGAGUUAAGUGCCUUGUUCAAGGACACAACUGGUGGUGGCUGUGAGGAUCGAACCAGCGUCCUUCUGAUUACCAGUUUACCAGUUAUGUGCUUUAGACCACUACACCACCACAUUUCCUUCAGCAUUUCAAACCAGUACAAUUCACACCAACUGUCUAAGCCAUUCCCCAUUUGGCGCUUUGCAUACUACCAUACUGCUAUUACUAUUUAUCCUAAUAACCGAUAUGGCAGAAGUAGUACGAGUAGUAUGGGUAGAAUGCAAUUCCGAACUGUGCAUAAUGAAAGCUACUCCCCUGAAUAUAGCCCUAGUAGUUAUGAAUUGAAAACAAAUAUGACUGAUACAAAUAGACAAUGACAGUAAUUUGCAACAUUUUCUAGCGCAAUUUAUGUAUUUGCUCCUUAUGGUGAUAAUGAUGUUGGUGGGGAACUAAUAACAUUCUGACGUAAUGACGACAUUGUUGUGCGUAGCCACUGCUUGCUCACAUCUCGUACUCAGUGAGUGGUCUUCUCCCACUCAGCGCACGCACUGAGAGCAGCAUCAGCACCGGGUAGAGGAUGCGCAUCGCUGAAUGACCCUGCCGCAACGUUAACACAUCUUACUGCGUGUACCUGAGUGUAACUGCAAAUAGAUUACUGUCAAAGGUUUUUCCAGUGGGACGGGGGAAUGAUAAACCCCGGAUUCCCCGGACCGUUGUACUGUUCGUCAGGAUGCGAUCACUGAGUCGACAGUGGGCCUCGCUAUUCACCGAGGUUUUCUUCAUCACAACAGUCGCCCUCAGCGCUGCAAUGGCAGUUGUGGGACAUUGCCCUCGGAGUCUGGACUGUGCCAGGGAGCGACGGCACUUCUGUCAGCCCGGCUCUUCACACUGCGGUCCAUGCCUAGACCCAUUUGUUGAGAACAAACGAGGGAAGUGUGUGGUCAGGAGACGAAAUCACUCUGCAGCCAAGGUGAAUUAUCUCCCAGAGCUAGAUGAAGAGAUAGACGUUCUCUCCGCCAUCAUCAGCAGCAAACACAAAGAAUCAGAGAUGAAGCACUCGGCUCCCUCUCCAGCUGCUCCCAAAGUCACAGAGGAAGACCAUUCCUUACAGAGCAGUCGGUUCAGAGCAGCGCCAUCUCCUACCUCUACUACACCUGAAAAGCCUCUGACAAGUGCCCUGCCUACCUCCUCCUUCUCUACCAUCAGCCCAGCCUCACAUACUCCCAUCAACUCUGCUGUGCACAACGACCCCUUUAUCGUCCCGUACCCUUCUGAGGACCACUCCUUCAUCAUAUAUUUGGGUGUGUUUAUCAUGGCAGGCUCUGUGGCCAUGGUCUUGACCGGACUGUAUUGGGUCAGAAUGCAGAGAGGAAAUCGUCUGUACCAGAAGGUUGAUUAUCCUGCGUUUGGGUUAAGAGGUCCCCAUUCUUAUGAUGUUGCCAUGCCUGGAGAUAAGACACUUGCCCAGAGUGCCCAGAUGUACCACUUUCACCUUCAGAAGCAGCAAAUGAUGUCACUCAAGCAAAGAAAGGACUCAAAAAUUCUGGAGUCAGGAGCCACCUCAGAUGAGGAAAAUGAAGAUGGAGACUUCACAGUGUAUGAGUGCCCUGGACUCGCCCCAACUGGCGAGAUGGAAGUGAAGAAUCCACUGUUUGAUGACUCCACCUUUCAUCUUCACUUGCAGAGGAGUUACAACUGAAUGUUAGGACAUAUCAUUUCAGCAAGAUAACCACAUACACAAACACGCAUGAACACUUGAGAUUUACAAAGGUGUGCUUACACCAUCUGAUCCAUUCAGGCAUUGGUAGCCAUGCAGUGAAGGUCAUGAAGACACUCUGCACGUAUCAUGGUCUUCAUGGUUCUUAUGGACAUUUGAGGGCAGGUUUUUUCCUCGCAGAGUCUUUGUCUGCCUGUGUUUCCUUAAAGGAAUAGUUCACCCAUAAAUGAAAAUUUGUUGAUAAUGUACUCACCAUCAGGCCAUCCAAGUUUCUUUCUUCAUCCUAAAAAUCUUAAAUUCUGUUUUGAUGAAGAAAGAAACUCAUACAUCUUGGAUGGCCUGAGGGUGAGUAAAUCAUCAGCAAAUUUUCAUUUUUGGGUGAACUAUUCCUUUAAGCCUUCUGGUUUAUCCAGUUUGAUAGUACUUUCUGCUAUAAACAUGCAUCAGUGUCUUUACACUCACAAUGCUUGAACAUAAGUGAUCUGCCAGUGCACUUGAUACCAGCUCAAGGCUCAUUUAAUAUCAGGUCAUUGCUCAGUUUUAUUCUGACUUAAUCUGUACUAUAUUGUGAAUACUGUGAAAUGGAAAGGAAACCUAUUUAUAGAAUUAACUCUGUAGAGAUAUCUUGCCUGCAAACACUGUAUAUUUAGAACAGAUGUGGAAGAUGCAGAUGCCCAUUUGCAUUACAUAAGCAACAUUAAUGAUUACCAUAUUUUAUGUUUAAUUCUACCAAAUUUGUCUGUGACUGUAUUUUGUAAAAUACCAAUGGUGAUUUUUAUAUUUUUUUAUGAUCGUGCUCACACAAAUAAUCCUAAAUGAAUGUAUGUAGCCUCUGUAUAAUCAGAAUGGCCGUACUAUGCAUGGUUUGAAACUGUAUAGGCUAAUAAAGAGAGUCCAUGUACAUUUGUGGUUCACACAAAUUAUGGAACAAAAACACAUAUGAACUGUAAUAUGUGAUUUUUUUAUCAAACUCAGCAACAAACAAACAAAACAAAAAAAACAUCUGUACCUGAUUUGCAAUAUUUAGCUGUUAUAGUGGAUGACUCAGGCCAGGAUUUACCAAUUGCGAUAUGGUAUUGUUUGAUUUUGGAGCGUGCAUUGCUGCUGUUUCUCAAGAAAUCUGCCAACAGUAGCCAGUGUCUGUGCUGCAUUCAUUCUAAUUAUGGGGACCCCUUCAGGUUCCUCUGAAUCUUGUACCUUUGAGUCAUCUACAGUAGUUAAACAUUGUGACAGUAUUGUCUGUAUCUCAAUGUGGCAUUGAUGCAGAGGGAAGACCGGAAAAUUAUAAAUGUGCCUCAGCAUGCCAAUGACCCCAUCGUCCUACAGCUGUAGUCAGCCUGCUCUUUUAGACAUUCAUUGUGGCGAUUACUUUAACAGUCUUCUAUAUGAACUUCAAUUUUAAAAAUAAAUGUUGGCGUAUAUGCUGGUCUGGUGUGAAAGAGCCCACAAACCUUUUUCAACUACUAAGAUUGCCUGACAUGCAUGUAAAGAUGGAAUAUAUAAAGAGGAUGAAAUAAAUAUUUAUAU